CUGGGACUCUGAGAGCUCUGAGACUGGGAGGAGGGACUUUUUAAAGGGGCUGGAAUUGGAGGUGUGAAAUGGCUGCGAAGGUGUUUGAAAGCCUUGGGAAGCUUGGCCUGGGGUUGGCUGUUGCAGGUGGAGUUGUCAAUUCUGCUCUUUACAAUGUCGAUGCAGGCCACAGAGCUGUCAUCUUUGACCGGUUCCGUGGGGUCCAAGACACAGUGGUAGGGGAAGGCACUCACUUCCUCAUCCCCUGGGUCCAGAAACCUAUCAUCUUCGACUGCCGCUCUCGCCCCCGGAACAUUCCGGUGAUCACUGGCAGCAAAGACCUACAGAACGUGAACAUCACCCUGCGUAUCCUCUUCCGGCCGGUGACUGCCCAGUUGCCGCGGAUCUUCACCAGCAUCGGAGAGGACUACGACGAGCGUGUCCUGCCCUCAAUCACCACUGAGAUCCUCAAGUCUGUCGUGGCUCGCUUUGAUGCUGGAGAAUUGAUCACUCAGAGAGAGUUGGUCUCGAGGCAAGUGAGUGAAGACCUCACCGAGAGGGCAGCGACCUUCGGGCUCAUCCUGGACGAUGUGUCCUUGACACAUCUGACCUUUGGCAAGGAGUUCACAGAGGCGGUGGAAAUGAAGCAAGUGGCCCAGCAAGAAGCAGAGAGAGCCAGAUUCAUUGUGGAAAAGGCUGAGCAGCAGAAGAAAGCAGCUGUCAUCUCUGCUGAGGGAGACUCCAAAGCUGCAGAGCUGAUUGCCAACUCCUUGGCCACCGCAGGCGACGGCCUGAUCGAGCUGCGCAAGCUGGAGGCCGCCGAGGACAUCGCCUACCAGCUCUCACGGUCCCGCAACAUCACCUACCUGCCCUCUGGACAGUCUGUGCUCCUCCAGCUGCCACAGUGAGCCUGGCUCUCUGCAGCCAUAGCUCACCUCGACCUACCAGAUCAGCCCUUUCCAAAAGAAUCUUCUUUUUUUUUGGUUUGUUUUUGGUUUUUUUUUGUUUGCAGUUUCCUCGUCAGUAGAAAGCCAGAGGAAGCGAAAAAUCCAACCCAUGUUUUUUUUUUUUUUUUUUCUCAGUUCUUAAAAUGAAAUAAACCUGAACGCUCUCGACAGCAAACCUGCAUUCCUCCCAUUAAGGUCAGAGCAGAGCCUUCACUGACCAUCAAGCUAGGUUUGAGAAUUGCCCCUUGCCAGGCGGUUUGAGCAACAGGAGCAGAGAUUUCAUCUGGUCACUCCUGGGACAAAAGAGGUAGCCCAGGUGACUCCCUGACCACAAGGGUCCUGUAUCAAUCAGGUUUUUCACAGCGAUGCUUCAGUGCCUUCAGGCUGGCUGAGCCAGGGCUGUUAGGGACUUGCAGGUCCUGGACUAUGGCACAAGAAUGCUCAGGGCUUGCUCUCCAGUCAAACCAGUCUUGUUUCAGGAGUGGGGGAGAGGAAGAGACAUCUCAGUGGGUAGGAGAGUAGCUCUGCUGUGCCUGGGUGUGAACCACAGCACUGGUAGCUGGAGGGACAGAUCAAGUGGAGUAAACAUAGCAGAAAUUCACUGUCUGCAGUGGAAAGGUUUCAGGCAUGGAGGAGAAGACACUUCCUCUGCAGGAAAUACUUCUCAUGGACAUGCCAGCAGUGGGACAUCUUCCCUCCCCCUUGCUGCCACGCACUGCAGUGUUGGUUCUGUCACCACAAGGUCAGUGUCAGGUGGCACCUGGGACAAAGGGGGUGAUUGGGUGCUCCAUGGCUCAGGCAGUCAGAGAUGGGCGGAAUUCUCUGGUACAUCAACAAUCUUUUUAUUUUGGGAAGCUGAAUGGUGAGGAGAAUGUGAUGGGUUUCAGACUGUGUAAGCAGCCUUCAAUAAAUGUCACU